CUGCAGUUUCAUAAUAGAGCCAUCAGGGGGAGGGACUUGUGAGGACACAAAAGCCUGAUGGUUGCUGCCACAAGUGACAGAAAACAACAGGGAGGCUGAGGGAGCAGUGUGUGUGUGUGUGUGUGUAUGUGUGUGUGUGAGCUCAUACAUGAGGAGAGCGGAGCAGCUGUAGAAGAAGUUUACCAUCAGCUGUGACAAGAAGCAGGGUUGGACUCGCGGAGAGGAGUCUUCAAGCGGUGCGCAUCAAGGAGAGAGAAACCACGUCAAUGAAGACACCUGGCAUGGCGGUGUUCAAGCAACAGAAUGUGGAGGAUUUCUAUGAAAUUGGAGAAGUGCUGGGGAGCGGGCAGUUUGCGAUCGUCAAACGCUGUAUAGACAAGAGUACAGGCAUCGAAUAUGCAGCCAAGUUCAUCAAGAAGCGGCAGAGUCGGGCCAGCAGGCGCGGCGUGAGGAGAGAGGAGAUCGAGCGGGAGGUGGACAUCCUGCAGCAGAUCACGCACCCCAACAUCGUCGCGCUGCACGACGUGUACGAGAACCGCACAGAUGUGGUGCUCAUCCUCGAACUGGUAUCUGGAGGAGAGCUGUUCGAUUUCUUGGCUCAGAAGGAGUCUCUCAGCGAGGAGGAGGCCACUCAGUUUAUCAAGCAGAUCCUCGACGGAGUCCACUAUCUCCACUCCAAGAGGAUCACGCAUUUCGAUCUGAAGCCUGAAAAUAUAAUGCUGCUGGACAGGAAUGUUCCUCUACCCCGCAUCAAACUCAUAGACUUUGGCCUGGCGCACAAACUGGAAGCUGGGUCGGAUUUCAAAAACAUUUUCGGAACCCCCGAAUUUGUCGCUCCGGAGAUAGUCAACUAUGAGCCACUGGGAUUGGAGGCAGACAUGUGGAGCAUUGGAGUCAUCACAUAUAUACUUUUGAGCGGCGCGUCACCGUUCCUCGGUGACACGAAGCAGGAAACGCUGGGGAACAUCUCGGCGAUGAACUAUGACUUCGACGAGGAGCUCUUCAGCAACACGAGCGAGCUGGCCAAGAGCUUCAUCAGACAGCUCCUGGAGAAAGACACGAGAAAACGAAUGACCAUACAGGAAGCCCUCAAUCAUCACUGGAUUAAGUCCUGUGGCCCCAUGGAAGAGGACGCCGCUGUGCUUGAGGCGGAGAAGAAAGCGGAGCAGCUGCAGACAAGGCGUCUUAAGGAGUACACCAUCCAGUCCCACUCCAGCAUGCCCCAGAACAACACGUAUGCCAACUUCGAGCGUUUCGCCCAUGUGGUGGAGGACGUCAGUCUGAUGGAGACGGGGCUGUCGGAGGUGGCAGGGGCCCACCACACCCUGCAGGGUGACAUAGACGCACUGCUCUCCAUCUACAACGACAAGGAGGCCUGGUACAAGGAGGAGAGCGAGACCACAAGGGAGCAGCUCUCCCAGGUCCGCUACGAGUUCCGUAAGGUGGAGGCCACGAGGAGGCUGCUGCAGGAGGACAUGAAGGCCAUAGACGCCAGUCUGGAGAGCAUCAGCGGGAAGUACAGCCAGAGGCAGAGUCAGCUGGACGCGCUGAGGCAGGAGCUGAACUCUGAGCUGCAGUGGCUGCAGGAGGUGAUGAGCUCUCUGCGCCCGGAAGGAGCCAACGGCAGCAUCCUCAGCAGCAGUCUGAACAUGGAUGUGAAGCAGGCGCUGAUGGAGCUGCUGCAUCAGUCCUGCAGGAGGGAACUGUGUCCUGAGGCCGAGCAGCCGCUCACAGAGUCCGGCUGACGGAUGAAGACACUUUUAUUGAUCUUACAAAGCUUUGAUUUUUUAAAUUUUUUUUUUAAAGGAGGCUGUUUAAAUUCAAACAGUUUUUUUUUUUUUUCAAUGAAUGUAUUUUUUAAAUAUAUAACUGUGUAGUUUCAUUAUUCCAAAUUUCUUUUUCUGUACAAUACUUUAAAUACUUAAAUAUAUUCUAGGAAAAGGAGUUUGGAGAAAUAUGCAAUAAGAAAAUUCAUAGCUAGUGGGCAGAUAUAGAGCAUAUUUCCCCAAAUUUGUACGUAUUAUUUUAAGAAGCUUAAUUUAGGCACAAUUGGGGAAUUAUUCUAAAACUGACUUGAAGAUUUAACUAGAUUUAUAUAUGCAUAUUGUUUGAUUAAGCAGGUUAAGUAGAUUGAAUGAAGAUUAUUAUCGAUCAUGAAUGUUCUCACUGUGGUACGACCAGGAGAUAACACAGGAAUGAUUUUUAAUGGAAUAAAAAAAAUCAUAUUUUUUGAUUGAUUUAUUUUUGAAUUCCAUUUUGUUUUUUUAAGACUGUAUGAAUGUUGUUGUAUUUUUGCAAUGGUUAUCUAUUUGUAAAGUUACAUGUGUAGCGUUUCUUUUUAUCACAUUAUUUUUCAUCGACUCAACUAUGCACUUUGACUAAAGGUUGAAUUUACUUAUUUAUUUUUGAAACCUUUUUCGAUUUCUUUCUUUGAGAUGUUUCUAUAUGAGCCCACAGGAAAAAAACAGCAUCUAUGAUAAGAUCACGAGUGUUUAAAGACCUGUCAUGCCCUUGUCUUUUUUAGCGUCUCAUCAGAUAAGCACGCACCUGUACGCGUUUUGACUUCCCAUUUGGUGUGCACGCAGACAUUUCUCACUGUCAUCUCCGCACUGAAAUAAACUUUCAUCACUUGUUU